UGCCGGAAGUGAGUGCGAGCGAAUUGGCGUUUGCGGAGGUUGGGAGCGUUGAGGGUGCCUGUGCCAGCAGCUGCUUUCAUCUUGCAAGAUGCCGGGUCUGGCGGCCGCAAGCCCUGCCCCUUCUGAGACGCAGGAGAAGAAACCGCUGAAGCCCUGCUGCGCCUGUCCAGAGACCAAGAAGGCGCGCGAUGCGUGCAUUAUUGAGAAAGGAGAAGAGCACUGUGGACACCUAAUUGAGGCCCACAAGGAGUGCAUGAGAGCCCUGGGAUUUAAGAUAUGAAAUGGUGGUCUGCUCUGUGAAUGAAUAAUUCCUGAAGAAUGAAGAUGAUUUAAUAAUUUGGAAAGUUCUUUAAUGAACUUUCAUAAAUGGUAAAAGUAUAAUUUAUUAAAAAAAAAAAGGAAAUUCCCUGGUUAAAAAUC